AUGGAAUCAGAUGAAAAAAAUGUUAGAAGCGUUAAAAAGAUAAAGAAAAGCAAACUGCGCAAGUUAAAUAUAAAAAAGGACAAAACUCAAAAGAAAAAGGGAUUAUCAAAAAAAAAAAAAAAAAAUGAUGAAAAAACAAAGUUAGAUGAAUUAUAUAAAUUAGAAAUUAAAAAUUAUAAAAAUGGAAAAAAAUAUAAUGAUGAUGAUGAUGACGAUAAUAAUAACAUUUCGGAUGAUUCAGAUUUAUUAAAUAAUGAUUAUGAUGAUAUAAAAGAAAUAUCAAAACAAGUAAAUGAACAAAUUAAAUUAUAUAAACAUUUAUUAAGAAUAAGAAUAUUAACUCAAAAAGUAUUAACAUUAUCAAAUCAAUUACCUUUAUUAUCCUUUGCAACAUUCAAUAAUAAUAUUACACAUAAGGAUCGUGUACAAAAUAAUCAUAAUGACAGCAAUUUAUCCAUAUUAAAUAAUAUACAACAAAAUGAAGAACAAGUAAAAGAACAGAUAACCAACCUAUUGAUCAUCUUACAUACCUUUUUAAAAAAAUAUUUUAUAAAAAGAAAUAUUCAUAUUAACGAAAAUAAAAUAAAUGAUAUAGAUAUAAUAUGUGAUGAAGAUGAUAAAGAAUUCUUUCAAAAUAGAAGAAAAUUAUAUUUUGAACAUUCAACACAAAGUGAACAAAAACUAUUUUCAUUAAUAGAUACAUGGUUUACUUAUUCAAAAAAUAUGUGUCUAAAUUUUUUUGAUAUUAUUCAUAAAAUAACAAAAUUGAGUUCUAUCAAAAGUAUAAAAACAUAUGAACAACCAAUCUCAUCACAAAUUAAUCAAGUUAUGUUUGAAUUACCAUCAAUAAUAGAAAAAUCAUACCCUCAAAACAUAAGUUAUAAUAUUAUUGGAAAGGACCUAUAUGAUUAUCUAUAUAAUGACAAACAUUUCAAUCUGAACAAGCAUAUAUACGACGACGAGGCUUAUUAUAAAAAAUUCUUGUUAAAUGCUAUCCAAAAUUUAAAGGACAACCA